AUGGACUUCCUCAAGUCAGCGGUAGCAUCGGCAAUCUCAAAGGGCUAUCCAACAUGGGGCUACACCUUUGGUGAUCGUGUGGACAUCGACGACUCCAUUUGGACAUUACACAACGGCACAAAGCGAGACGAUGGUUCCAAGUGCAGUAUCUUCUCCUUCGACAUAACCGCGAACAAGUCUCGACUGCCCCUCGCACGCAAUGCGCUCCGGAAACUACGAACCCUGCGACACCCUGGCGUGGUCAAGGUCCUUGACACACAGGAGUCGGAGACCCAUAUCUAUAUCGCGACCGAGAGACUGACGCCAUUGAGCUGGCACGUAAAGCGGAAGAGCCUCACAGAGGAGACCACCAAAUGGGGACUGCACAACGUUGCGAAAACCCUCAAGUUUAUAAACGCCGAUGCUACCUCGAUACACGGCUGUAUACGCCCAGCUUCAGUAUUCUUCGGCGAGAGUGGAGAGUGGAAACUCGGCGGUUUCGAUGCACUGAGCUCUGUGAAAGAGGAUGACUCUGUUCUGCCAACCUAUGGUGGCCUGAUACCAGAUGCUGGGCGAUACAUGGCACCUGAGAUCUCAAAAGCAGGGUGGGAGGUCAUCAAGCAGAAUCCUACACACGCAGUAGAUGCAUACAACUUCGGCGUCCUAAUCUUCGAGUGCUUCAACGGAAGCUACAGCAGCAGCGACCAGCUGGCGCAGAUGAAGAGCAUUCCUCCGAGCAUGCACCAAUCCUAUAAGCGACUGUUAAACCCCAACCCGAAGUCACGAAUGAGUGUGGGGCAGUUUCUGGACCAGGGCAAACGGAUAGGAGGUUUCUUCCAAACUCCCUUGAUCCAGGUCACAGAGGAUAUCGAUAACCUGGGCUUGAAGGCUGAGGACGAGCGGAAUGAGUUACUUGAGCAACUCGAUAAGGUAGCAGACGAUUUCCCUGCAGACUUCUUCAAGAUGAAGGUGCUUCCAGAGCUACUGAAGUCAGUAGAGUUUGGUGGUGGCGGUGCGAAAGUCUUCAACACGGUCAUGCAAAUAGGGCAGAAGCUGUCCGAUGAGGAGUACGAGACGCAAAUCACACCAGUGGUCGUCCGACUGUUCGCGAACCCUGACCGCGCCAUUCGUGUCUGCCUGCUGGAUAACCUGCCGCUGAUGAUUGACCACCUACCACAGAAACUCGUGAAUGACAAGAUCUUUCCACAGAUGGUCACCGGCUUCACCGAUGUAGCACCUGUCGUUCGUGAGCAGACAGUCAGAGCGGUCCUCACAGUGGUGCCAAAGCUCUCGGAUAGGAUUGUGAACGGCGAACUUCUGAGACAUUUGGCAAAGACAGCGAAUGACGAGCAACCUGGGAUUCGUACGAACACAAUCAUUUGCUUAGGAAAAAUCGCUCGAAACCUAGGGGUCAACAGCAGGGCAAAGGUCCUUGCAGCAGCAUUUGCGCGUUCUCUACGGGACCCUUUUGUGCAUGCUCGUAAUGCCGCCCUCCUUGCACUGGCAGCAACAGCCGACCUGUUUAGCGAAGAGGACUGUGCUACCAAGCUGCUACCGAUCAUGUGUCCGGCCCUGGUUGACAAGGAGAAGCUCAUUCGAGAUCAAGCACAGAAAAGCGUGGAUAUCUAUAUCACUCGGAUACGAAAGCAUGCCGCAACUAUGCCCGACAGCGUGCUUCCUUCGCCUGGCCUCGCAGCUGGAGGUGCUGCUGCUCCACGCAUAGGCACUCCAGCGAAUGAGAGUGGCUGGGCUGGCUGGGCCAUUUCCAGCUUCACCAACAAGCUCGCAUCAACCAGUGGGACAAUAGAAUCCAGCUCAGCAACAAACGGGGCUGCAGACCACCGAUCGUCUUCCGUUCCACCCACAGCAUCGAGCAAACCGCCGGUGCCCCUAGCCUCGAAGCCAGGCAUGCCACUGCACACGGCGAAGAGCUCGGCAAACAUACCUACCAUCAGGUCGCCUGACCCCGCCGCAGCAUUCAACGAUGAAGCCGAAGACUUCGACGGCGACUGGGGCGGUUUCGCCACCGAGGACGCCUUGGGCACCACCAAAGACGAAGAAGAGGAUCCAUGGGGCACACCGUCCAUCUCGAAGCCCACCAGCACCACCUCGUUCGACGACAAAGGCGAGCCCGACUUCGCUGGGUGGCUGGCAGCGCAGAACCAGACCAAGAAAGCGGUCAAGAGCCCGCUGCCCAAGGGCCUGAGCAAGCCAUCGACGGCAACGGCGCCUGCAGCGAAGCGGCCGAUUGUUGCGGGGCGCUCUAGCACGGCGGGAUCAGCAGCGAGGAAGGUUGUUGUUGCGCCCAAGAAGGAGGUCAAGAAGGAGGUCAGGAAGGAAGAGGCCAAGAAUAAGGAGGAUGAGAUUGAGGGGUGGGGGGAUGAUUGGUAG